CCGGCGCGAGCUCUCUCUUUCGAAACCGUUGGCGGCCGGCGGCGGUUUGUUUGUUUUUGCAGCAGAGAGGAUGGCGCGAGUCCGCGCAGCUGAGGCAAACGAGUUUGACUCAUCGGAUGAAGAAUCCUCGGAGGAAGAACAGGUACCCUUUCAAGUAUCCUGGUUAGCCCUAUCACCAACCUAUUCCCAAUUUCUGGGAAUUUGCUCACUACCAGGUUGCCGAUUCAAAAGUAUUAGAAGAAGCCUUCAGAAAGAUAUAGAUGAACUGAAGAGCUACGGGGUACAGGAUGUCUUUGUCCUCUGUACCAGAGGAGAGCUUUCAAAGUACCGAGUCCCACACCUCCUAGAAGCAUAUCAGAGCCAAGGGAUUGCUGUGCACCAUCACCCUAUACCUGAUGGAGACACUCCAGACAUAGCCAAAUGUUGCCUGAUUCUAAAGGAACUGAGGAGCUGCCUCGAAUGCGACCGGAAAACCUUAAUACACUGUUAUGGAGGGCUUGGAAGAUCCUGUCUCACAGCUUGUCUCCUGCUUCAGAUAUCUGACAAAAUAGGCCCACAGCAGGCCAUAGACAGCCUGCGAGACUUGAGAGGUUCAGGAGCUAUACAAACCAUAAAGCAAUACAACUACCUGCAUGAUUUUCAAGAGACUCUGGCUGUCCAUCUAGCAACAGAAGGUGCAACAAGAUCAGUAUCACGAUAAACAGGGGCAGUGGAACUGAGCUACUUCCUACAUGACCAUGCUGCAUUGCCUUUGCUUUGUGCAUGCAGGUGAAAAUGCACCUGUCUCCAACGUCUCAUUGG